AUGAUUGCUAAAGGCGAUGCCUCUGGCGAUAGUGCCAUCGUAAUCCGUUCAGCCACAGACCUCGACGAUGGGGAGAUCCUGUCUUCAUAUGGGCUUGCAAGAGAGACGGAUGGGGUCAUUAGCUGGGCUCGUGACAGCCCGCACCAUCCUCGGUAUUGGCCUAUUGGCCGAAAAGUCUACGAUACGGCAUUGAUAAUUCUACUCGAGCUUUAUACAACUAUCAUUAGUACAACGGGAGCAGCAGUGGCCGAUGUUGCUGGACCAGAGUACCACAUGAGCAGGAUCACGGCACUGGUUGCUUUUACUUUCAUGUACCAGCUGGGCCAAGCCAUCGGAGGCUACCUCAUCCCUCCCCUUUCCGAGCUCGCGGGCCGAAGAUAUCCAUAUCUUAUAUCCUCAGCCGUCUUCAGCAUCUUCUGCGCGAUCAUACCACUUGGAGGUACCUCAACGCCAGCGGCCAUAUUAUUUGGCAGGUUCCUGACUGGAAUCGCCUCAGCUGUACCCUCAGUCGUCAUUGCGGGCAGUGUUGAGGACCUCUUCGACACGAGAGCCCGCGUGUGGGUUGUCGUGCUCUGGAACGCCGCGACCACAAUUGCGCUCUGCAUUGGCCCCAUAUAUGCAUCCUAUAUAAUCUCCUCGCCCCAGGCUGGGUGGAGAUGGGUUUACUACAGCGCGGCCAUUGUCACUGGUGUGCUUACCGUGGCCCUCAUCGGGGUGAAGGAGAGUCGGCCCAGCGUGCUGCUUGGGCGCACGGUGGCCAGGCUCGAGCGGGAGCAAGGCGACAAGAUUGAAGAUUUCAGGUGGCACAAUGCCGACCCCAGGUCAGGAGGCUGGAAGGCAUUCGCGCACAUAGUGGUUGUCAGGCCCGCCUACAUUCUCCUUGCUGAGCCGCUCGUGAUUCUCAUUGCUUUCAUCUCGGGAAUCUCGUGGGGUAUUAUUUACCUCUUCACAGAGUCUACGAGAGGCAUCUACCAGUCCAUGGGUUUGAGCAAGACAACCGCUUCAUUGCCGUUUCUGGCACUUGCGUUUGGGGUGUGCUUGACAUUCUUCCCACGCCUCUGGGACAUGAAGGUCGUAUCUCGUCGUCAUGUAGCGAAGGAGCCCGUCGAGCCAGAAGACAAAAUCAUGGGCUUCGCCUUCGCCGCCCCAGCACUGACCAUCGGGCUCUUCUGGUUCGCCUGGACGGUCCCGCCAGCAGUGCCGGGCUUACCGUGGAUCGCGCCCACGCUCGCACUGGUGCCCAUCGGCUUCGCCGUCAACGAGAUUGCCUACACCCUCAGCGGUUUCCUUGCCGACUCGUAUCUGCUCUACAGCGCCUCCGCCUUCUCUGGCCUAGCCUUUGUCAGGGCCAUUAUUUCUGGCCUUAUGACGCUCCUAGCGCAGCCAAUGUACGGUAAACUGAGCGCGAAUAGUGCUGGGUCCAUAUUGGCAGCUUAG